UCAUCUCACCUUAACUUAAUCUAGUGGAGAAACCCAACCAGUGAGAGUAGAGAGUGUGCUCAAGACAAGGACAUAAACGAAAGCUAAGCUGAAGCUGAAGCGAAACAAACAUUCUCUGUCUGUUUUGGUGUUCUGGGGUUUUAAGAUAAUCAUCUUUUUGUUUAGUUGGUCUUCAAGAUAUGGAAAGGAGUUGGCUCAUUAACAGCAGAGGAAUUGCAAAAAAAGUAAAGAAUGCUUCUCGUUCUUCUGCUUAUCAAAUAAGAGACUGUGGAGCAAAUCGUGAAUGCCCAAAUUGCCAUCAUGAUAUUGACAACAGUGAUGUUUCUUCUGAGUGGCCAGGGCUGCCAGCUGGUGUAAAGUUUGAACCAUCUGAUGAAGAACUCCUGUAUCAUUUAUCUGGAAAAUGUGGUGUUGGAAACAUAAUUCCUCAUGUGUUUAUUGAUGAAUUCAUCCCAACACUUGAGGGGGAAGGAAUUUACUGUGACCAUCCAGAAAAUCUUCCAGGUGCUAAGAAAGAUGGAAGCAGCAUUCAUUUUUUUCAUAAAACAAUUAAUGCAUACGCCACUGGUCAAAGGAAACGUCGCAAGGUCCAAUGUCAGCAGGGUUCAACAGCAGAGCACGUGCGCUGGCACAAGACGGGUAAAACUAAACCUGUGAUUGAAAAUGGAGUUCAAAAGGGGUGGAAGAAGAUUAUGGUUCUAUAUAAAAGCACUAAGAAGGGCUCUAAGCCAGAUAAAACUAAUUGGAAAAUGCACCAAUUCCAUCUGGGAACUGGAGAAGAGGAAAAUGAAGGACAGUACGUUGUGUCGAAGAUCUUCUACAAGCAGUCUGAAAACAGUGAUAACAGUCCUCUGAUUGAAGAAUCUGAUAUGAAGGUGGCACAUGAAGCCAGUCCCAAAACUCCAAUUUCAAAUCCACCAAUCCCACCUCGACAUGGCAAAUCUAUAAUGAAUGAUGAUAUUGCUGACACUACUCUGUUGCAGUCAGCUGCCAAGGAAGGAGAUCCUAUCGGCGAGUCAUCUCUUCUCCCUCAAACAGACAUUCUGGGUGAGGACAAUAUGGAUUUCCCAUGGCUGGCGGGCGAAUCACAGGCUGAUGAAUACUAUGAUCCUAAUUGCAUUGAUAAUUCCUUGUUGUGCAAGGAAACUUUUGAUUCAAGUUCAAGAUUAACGUACAUACCUAACACUGACUUAACUGGAAAAAGCAUUCCCCCUUGUGGUAUUUCUGACCUUGAAAACCUUGAGUUGGAUACUCCACCAGAUUUCCAGCUCUCUGAUUUGCAGUUUUGUUCACAAGACAGUAGUAUACUUGAGUGGUUGGAUUGGUUAUGAGAGAGCAUAUAGAGGCAACUACUUGAAGAUGAUAAUCCUAAUGGGUGUUUUAAUCACCAGAGAUAUUUAUCAUGUUUUCUCUACUAAAAUUGAUGGAGAAAAUGGAAGAAGCAGCCUUGAUAUAAUCUACAUCAGACCUACUUAAUCCUUACUAUGUUUAAAGCUAAUUUGUAUUAUUGUGUAUUAAGUUGUGUUGUUGAUGGUAUGAAGUUGUGUUGAGAAAAAAAUGAAGUGUUAUUGAUAGGGAUUCAGGUGUUGCUUCUAAAGAUUGCUUUAAAGAUCUCAUUUUUAUGAAUGAAAGCCAAUGAAAGCAGCGGUUGAAUCUUCAGUUGCAUUUAUCUUCUGCUAUUAAUAUGUAGACAGUGGAAGUAUGUUUUAUAAUUUUAUUAAGACAUGUUUUGAGUUUCUUCUCUCUUUA